AUGGCUGCCGUUGCUGAGCCCACGACGCAGACGUCCUCCGUCGAGUCGUCUCCUCGGUUGAACGCCGCCGAUGCGGCAAAGCUUGAUCGUGUCGAAGUCGAGUCCGGAUAUGGUUCCGCCACCGAUGCCUCAUCGACAUCGUCGUCCAUCCCCGCGCUCCCCUUGAUCUCCCUCACCCAACCCCACCUCAAGCACCUCAACGACCAGCUCGAGAACAUGCACCCCCUCGACAUCCUUCGCUUCUCAAAGAUCAUGUUCCCCAACCUUUUCCAGUCGACGGCCUUUGGCCUUACCGGCCUCGUCACCCUCGACAUGCUCUCCAAGAUCCAAAAGGAGAACCCCUCCGCCGCCAACGUCGACCUCAUCUUCCUCGACACCCUCUACCACUUCAAGGAGACCCACACCCUCGUCGACCGCAUCCAGGAGCGCUACCCCAACGUCGCCCUCCACAUCUUCAAGCCCUACGGCGUCGCCUCCACCGAGGAGUUCGAGGCCAUGUACGGUCCCAAGCUCUGGGAGACCGAGGCCGAGAUGUACGACUGGAUCGCCAAGGUCGAGCCCCUCCAGCGCGCCUACCAGGAGCUCGGCGUCGCCGCCAUCCUUACCGGCCGCCGCCGCUCCCAGGGCGGCGCCCGCGACAAGAUGCCCAUCAUCGAGGUCGACGACGAGCGCGGCGUCAUCAAGAUCAACCCCAUGGCCAGCUGGUCCUUCAAGCAGGUGCAGGAGUACAUCAAGACCCACAACGUCCCCUACAACGACCUCCUCGACCAGGGCUACAAGUCCGUCGGCGACUGGCACUCCACCGUCCCCGUCAAGGAGGGCGAGGACGAGCGCGCCGGCCGCUGGAAGGGCCAGCAGAAGACUGAGUGCGGUAUCCACAACAAGAAGUCGCGCUACGCGCAGUACCUCGAGGAGAUGGAGCGCAAGGCCGUCGAGGCCAAGGACGCCGCCCCCGCGUCGUCGGCCGAGGCGGCCAAGCAGGGCGAGGCGGCCAUCGCGCCCAUCGUCAAGGCGGAGAAGGAGGAGCAGGCUAUCGCAUCGAUCUAG